AUGGCUCCCUCUGGCUGGCAGCUGCCACCGAUACUUCCCUCCCCAAUGACACCCACCAGCUCCCAGCUACCAGAAAUGAACACCAACCCUAUGGUUUCAGCUAGCUCGCAGUUGCUAAUCAUGAACACCAACCCGGUGGCUUCAGCAAUCUCGCAUUCCCCAAUGCUAAGUACCACCCGAGACGCACCAGGAAGCUCAGUCGUAUCCACGCCGAACGCCAACUCAACGGCCCCGGCACUCUCUAAUCAGUCCACGGUAAGAGCCUCUAUAAAGGAUUCCCCGAGAGCACGCCCGUCGACAGAAACUGGUUCAGACGAGUCAGAGAUGGCCAACGUCAGCACCCAUGCCCACACCCAAUCUCAGCUCUACUAUCCCAUCAAUGAUCCUAGCUUCUCUCAGUCCAAGGUCUGGGUCAGCGAUGGAGAGAAAUACUACACGCUGUACGAGAGAUGCAUGUUCCGAAUGCGCCACCAACGCAUGAACAGGUCUCCCGCAGUACCUAAGUCAGCCAUUCAAUACGUCGAGCUUAAGCGGCUCAACCUGGAGGCUAAGAUCCGCUAUCGUAAACAACAGAUCAAGACAUGGAACAAGGACAAGGAAGCAAGAGAACGAGCGAACAUCACGGGUUCCCAUGCUGACGCCCCAUUCUCCCAGAGACUUCUGGAUGUUGCCCAAGCUGACGGGCGCUCCACCGUGCUCGCGCUGGAAGAUCGCAUCUGGCACCCGAACGCCGCCGAUAAUCCUCAGGCCGAGUGGCCCACGUUUAAGGAGUGCAAGGCCCACGGCGAUGAUGCCGCUAAGCAUGGCAUCAAGCCGAGACUUCCCCAUCCCAGAACUCCCAAGAUAGCUGAGGGAUACUCUCAUCUUGCUCAAUCGAUCCCCUCGAUCCCCGUGACAGGUCCUAACCUUCCCUGGCAACCUCGCGACCUCGCUCUUUCUAAGAAGAAAAACCUGAACGAGGCCCGGAAGGAGCAAGCCGUGGGAAUGUUGCUCAAUGGGCUCAAUGGAAUCACUAGAACCUUUGCGAACGACAUCAUGAACAAUGCCUACGAGCUGACGCCCAAGUCCGUCGCAAACGAUGAUGGCGCUAAGGACAACAGUGACACUAAGGUGGGUAAUACCGAGAAGAACAGCGGGACCAAGAAGGUAUCUGCCUUCGAGGCGGACUAUGCCUUUGUGGAUGAUGAUGAAUUGGCGGAUAACUAUGGCUUCGAGGGUGGCAACAUGGAUGAUGAAGAUGCCGCGGAGGCCGACAGUGCGACGGAGCCCGACUAUGCCUACCACAACGAGGCCGCUUGGGACUACUAAAGUAAGCCUUGAUGACUGCACAUCUCUUCUCCCCUCCACAACCUGACACCUUCACAACUUGCUUUGCACCCUAACCACACUGUGUAUGCGAUGGAGAACAUCAUGAUACAUCACAGGGGGGAUAUGGCCGUUGGGACCUGCUGAGGCAGAUGUAACAUGACACUUUCAUAG